GGGUGUGCGGCGGCGGGAGCGCGCCUGCGCGCGGCCAAGCCGCCUGGGCACCCGGUUCUGACUGUGACGGGAGGCGGCGGUCGGUCCUCUCUGUAACGGCGGCGGCGCCUGCUCCAGACACCUGCGGCGGCAGCGACCCCGCGGCGGGGGCGGAGAUGUGGCCCCUGGUGGUGUUGCUGCUGCUGGGCUCGGCGCGCUGCGGUUCAGCUCAGCUAAUAUUUAAUACAACCAAAUCUGUAGAAUACACCGUUUGCAAUCAAACUGUUGUCAUCCCAUGUUUUGUUAAUAACGUGGAGGCGAAGAGCAUUGCUGAAUUGUAUGUCAGGUGGAAAUUUAAAGGAAAAGACAUUUUCAUCUUUGAUGGAGGUCAGCAAAAGUCCAAGCCCAGCGAUAACUUUGCUAGUGCAAAAAUCUCACCAUCAGAAUUACUAAAUGGCAUUGCCUCUUUGACGAUGGAUAAACUUGAUGCCGUCUUAGGAAACUACACUUGUGAAGUAACAGAAUUAAGCAGAGAAGGCGAAACCAUCGUAGAACUAAAAUAUCGUGUUGUUUCAUGGUUUUCUCCAAAUGAAAAUAUCCUCACUGUUAUUUUCCCAAUUUUGGCUAUACUUCUAUUCUGGGGACAGUUUGGUGUUGUGACGCUUAAAUAUAAAUCCAGUUAUACGAAGGAGAAAACCAUUUUUCUAUUAGUUACUGGACUAGUGCUCACUAUCGUUGUCAUUGUUGGAGCCAUUCUUUUCAUCCCAGGUGAAUAUUCAACAAAGAAUGCUUGUGGACUUGGUUUAAUUGUAAUUCCUACAGCAAUAUUAAUAUUACUUCAGUACUAUGUGUUUAUGAUAACUAUGGGGGUGUCCUUCUUCACCAUUGCCAUAUUGAUCCUUCAAGUACUGGGCCACGUGCUCUCUGUGGUUGGAUUCAGCCUCUGUGUCUCAGAGUGUACCCCAGUACACGGUCCUCUUCUGAUUUCAGGUUUGGGUAUUAUAGCUCUAGCAGAAUUACUUGGAUUAGUUUAUAUGAAAUGUGUUGAUGUUGCAACACCAUGGCAUGGUACCAGGUGCUGGGAUCCUCCUCUUAAAAUACUCUUAUUGGGACUUCCUUGGUGGUGCAGUGGUUAAGAAUCUUCCUGCCAGGGCAGGGGACAAGGGUUGGUCUGGGAAGAUCCCACAUGCCGUAGAGCAACUAAGCCCGUGUGCCACAACUCCUGAGCCUGCACUCUAGAUCCCACGAGCCACAACUACUGAGCCCGUGCGCCACCACUACUGAAGUCCACACCCCCUAGAGCCUGUGCUCCGCAACAAAAGAUGCCACCGGAAUGAGAAGCCCACGCACUGCAACAAAGCGUAGCUCCCCUCACCACAACUAGAGAAAGCCUGCGUGCAGCAACAAAGACCCAACACAGCCAAAAAUAAAUAAAUUUAUUUUUUAAAAAUGCUCUUAUUUAAUCAUAGACCUGCCUUCCAAAAAAGACAAC